UUGCGCCGCAAUGCCGCGGAGAUUGCUGAUGCCAACCGGGUGUCCAUUGUCAUUAACCCGGUGGAAGCUACUGCGGCAGUGCCCUUGCCGGCACGGAUGCAGGGACUGGUUGCCGAAGCCGCCGACCAGGCCGGUCUGUCUUACCAGUCGCUGCCCAGCGGGGCCGGUCACGACGCCCAGGCCAUUGCCCAGAUUACCGAGUCGGGCAUGGUUUUCGUUCCCAGUGUGGACGGUAUCAGCCAUUCCCCGGAUGAAUUUAGCCUGCCGUCCGAUUGCGCCAACGGAGCCCAGGCCUUGCUGAACAUGCUGCUCAUGGCCGACGCCCGCUUCUAG